AUGUUGGCUUUGCUCUCACCAGCAAAGACCCUGGAUAUGAGCCCGUCGGCGACCACCACGAAGUCCACCCCCAGUGCACUGCUCUCCAAGCGCACCGAGGAGAUCCUGGCCUCGUUGAAGAAGAUGCCUGCCAAGGAGUUGAAGAAGAUGAUGAAGCUCAGUGAUGAGCUGGCCAAGCAGACUGCAGAGAGGUUUGCCAAGUUCAAGGCUCAGCCAAGCAAGGCUUCGUGCCUGGCCUUUGAUGGCCCCGCCUUUCGUGGCUUCGCGGCCAAGAGCUUCUCGAAGGCAGAUGAGAAGCAAGCACAGGCAAGUGUUCGCAUCUUGUGUGCACUCUAUGGGGUCUUGAAGCCUUACGAUCUGAUCAGGCCUCCUGGAGGGGGCCUCAUUCACUGGCGCGAAGCUCCACGCGCUUUGGAGGCCAUACCGCCUGGAGAUGACUUCGAAGCUUCGAGGAAAGACUAUGUACGAUGUUUGGGGUGA